AUGAAUGAAGGUUUCUUUCAACACAAAGCCACAGUUGCCACGACACAUCAUCUCGUUAAUUGUUUUCCUCGGACGAUUGAUUGUCUUCUAACACUACUGACGGUGACAAUAGCUUUCUCCGGCAACCUUAAGAUAAUCGGAGUUGGAUUCAUAGCUAUAGCGGAAAUCAGAAAGGCUUUUAUUGUUUCCGAAGCUGGGGUACAAUCAUGA